AUGCCCCGCACCCCCUGGACCAGUGGCGUGAUCACGAAGAUCGCCCCAGACCGGAGCUCCGUCGUCAUCCGAGCCUGCGCCGGCGGCCGGCGCGCCCGCUUCGGCGACGCCGGAACGAUCGAGAGGCUGGGGUUGGACACGGGAGCGAGGAAACGGGUCAGGUUCACACGCAAGCGCGGUGGACGAGCGACGACGACGAGGAGGAGGGAGGUUGGGGAGGUGGAGGGGGAUUUUGAGCGCGGGGUGAGGAAGAGGGGGAGGUUGAUGGGUGGGGAAGGUGGUGUAAUGGGCCAUUUGGGCGUAGUGCUCAGGGUGUCAUGGGUCUGCGGUCUCGUUAUUAGCGCUGCGUGCAUCGGUGUGGGAGAUCUGGAACUUGGGGCCGGGGUGAAGUGA